CGGCCAUCCACCUUCACCAAUCCCUGCUUACCUGUAAACACGACAUCUUUGAUAUUCAUGAUUUCCUCGCGUCGUAUAUUCUUGCGGCUAGGAACGCUGGUCUUGGAUAGACCUUGCCCUAUCUUAUAUUCCUUCUCAUAUCGCGCAGGUCGCGUCACGUUGCGCUCCCUAUCGUCCCUAGCCACCCCUGCGUCGUUUGAAGAAGAGAGGGAGGUGGACUUCGAAAAAUUCUACCCAAUGACCUUGGGCGAAGUCAUCAAUGAGAAAUACAAAGUCAUGGCUAAACUUGGCUUCGGGUCAGCAAGCACGAUAUGGUGUUGUCGUAAUCUGGUCACGAAUAAAUAUGCCGCAUUGAAAAUCUACGCCCACGAUCUGGUUUCAGAAGAUGAUAUUGACAACGAAACUGCAAUUUACAAACAUCUCAGUUCCACGGGCAACCCUGACCAUCCUGGCAGGACGUAUGUCCGCACCAUUCAGGAUUCCUUCUUCGUCACGAGCAGAGCGGGGAACCCGCAUCACUGCUUAGUUCACGAGGUCCUUUCGAACGAUAUAUUGACCCUCCGGUAUGCUCACCCAGAUCGUAAACUGCCCGAAGCCAUGUUGAAGCAAUUUUUGAUUCAUUUACUGCUCGCUCUUGAUUUCUUGCAUAGCGAGUGCCACAUCAUUCAUACAGAUAUUAAGGAAGAGAAUAUUUUGCUUGGUUUGAUCGAUUCAUCGAUCUUGGAACAGCUGGACACGAAAGAAGUCGCGACAUCGAGCCUGUACAACAGUGUCAGGGGGUACAAUCUCUACCGCAGCGCAAACUUCGGCAUUCCAAAAAAGUUUGGCCGUCCAAUCCUGUGUGACUUCUCUCUCGCUCGAAACGUACAGGUCGCGCACUCCCACGACAUCCAGCCGGAUCCCUACCGGGCUCCGGAAGUCAUUCUAGAAAUGCCGUGGGGCUAUGCUGUGGAUGUAUGGAAUGUCGGAGUUAUGGUCUGGGAUAUGUUUGAGAAUAGACGCAUGUUCGAUGGUACCGACUCCAAGACUGGCCAGUAUGAGAACCGCUUUCACCUUGCCAGUAUAGUUGGUCUUCUGGGGCCUCCUCCCCUCGAGUUUCUACAGCGAAGCAAGUAUAGUUCCGUGUAUUUCGAUGACAGAGGUAACUGGAAGUGUCUGAAUCCUAUUGUACAAGUGUCCUGGGAAGACUCUCAGAAGAAUCCUAAGGUUUCUGAUAAGCAAGGGUUUCUCAAUUUCGUCCGUAGAAUGGUCAGAUGGACGCCAGAAUCCAGAGCGUCGGCUGCUGAGCUGUUAGAAGACCCGUGGCUUCUUAGUGAUGUGGAGGAGUAGGAUUUGGUCUUGGUUUGGAAAUGUAGGCAGCUACUGGUAGUGUCGAUGUCCCCAAAGACAGAUUAUGGAACAAGGCUAUAAUUUAUUCGUAAUCAGAGUCUUGAAAGAAAGACUUAAUUCUAGUUCCACUAAAAUCCAUGGG